AUGCCUAUGGCAGAGACGCGCCCAGACUUGGCCGAUGUCUUUGACUCGUCUGACUCGCCGACGGAGGAGGUAUCGGUAUUAUCAGACCUGCCCUCACUGCGCCGGCAGCAUGCAACGGCCGGGUACCGCGACGGUGUGGCGGCGGCCAAGGGCGAGCACGUCCAGCGAGGGUUCGACAGAGGCUUCCCCAUCGGUGCUGAGCUGGGCAUCCGGGUUGGCGUGGUCCUGGGCGUGCUGGAGGGUCUGGUGAAGGCUCUGUCUGGCGGUGCUGCUACUGCUGCCGUUGCCGAUGGGGAGCAGUCUGCUAGCCUGGACAGCGUGAAAACCCUUUACGAAGCAGCAAAGAAGGAACUGGCUAUCGAAAGGGUCUUUAGCCUGGAGACAAAGGAUCGAGAUGCUGAAAAGAAGGCGGCAGAAGAUGUCGAUGAGGAUGAUCCCUGUGUGCGGCUCGGACAAGUUGGCGACACGGCGGUUACACGGUGGGAGGAUAGGGCUUACCCUACCGUCGCAUCUGUCGAACCGCCAGUCUAUCUUGUCGACGUGGAUAUCUAUCCAAAAGAGGAGUAUAACAGGAUGCAGUACUGUACUACUCACCCUCUCCACCAUCUAUCCCCGGCCAUCCAGCAGGAGCAUCAAGACCAAAGCUGCAGUCCAAGUAUGAAGUCCUACCCAAGGUCCUACUACGCUCGUCCAACCAGUGAUAUUGUCGCACUGCAUGUUCACUGCCAGAAGGAACAGAAAGGCCAUAUCUGUGGCGUCCAUCUAAGACAAUAA